CCGGGUCGGGAGCGGGACCGGGAGCGGGACCGGGAGCGGGACCGGGACCGGGAUCGAGCUCCAGCGGCGGCUCCAGCUGCGCGCCGCCAUGUUCCGCAUCGAGGGGCUGGGGCCCAAGAUGGACCCGGAGGAGCUGCGGCGGAAGAUGCGCCGCGACGUGCUGGCCUCCGUGCGCAACUUCAUCAUCUACGUCGCGCUGCUGCGGAUCACUCCCUUCAUCCUGAAGAAGCUGGACAGUAUAUGAGCCCCGAGCCGGCGGCAGGCCCUGCAGCUGCUCUCGGCGGCGGGAGCGGCUCCGCAUGGCUCCCGGUGCGUGCCGCGGCUCCGUGCGCUGCGAGCCAAGCCCCGCGCCGCGUCCAUCCCCGCGCUGAGGCUGCCCGGCUCCCCCCCGUGCGUGUGCACCGCUCCCAGCCCCCCGCAGCGUGCUUCAAUAAACGGCACAGCGGCUGUGCCACGACGACCAAGUC